AGGGUGAGGAGGUGCAGCUGCUUGCAAAGAGGCCUCCCGGGCGUGAAGUAUGGAAGGACGCCGAUUCACCUCCGAGCUUAUGGGGGAGUAUGACGACGCCAUGGAUUCUGAUCGGUCAGGUGUAGAGGACAUCGCUGGCACUCAGAUGGACCGGAUUGGAGGUGUGCAGCGUGGCUCGGCACGGCAAUGGCCGCGCACGCCGUUCAGCAACGAGGGUUUUCAGCCCAGUGCACAACAAUGGCAGUACACAUCGGCUCCACCUUCGAGCCGAGGAGGGCAAGCGGGAGGUCCACGACGCUCGUCGCCGGGUGGAGGAAUAGAGAACGUCGUGAUGGCAGAUCACACGGAAAGACAAUUGCACGUUCCCGCAAAUGCUUGUCCACAGCCCCAAACCAUGCGCGCUCAGGUACAAGGUUCAUGGACGGCACGUUUGUCUCAAGGUGGAUUCAUGCAUGGUCAGUCCUCGGGGUGGGGGGGUGGAUUUUCAAGCUUUGGAACAGCAGGCACUGGAGAAAGGACUGCGUUUGCGGUUGAGGGGUGGCAUGGCGAGACAAUUGCGAUGCAGUUCGGUGAUAAGGCCGUUGCUUCUUCGACACCUCGGUCAGGGGGGGCUGCAGGCAAUGUGACGGGCAAAAGGACAGCGGACGAUGCUGUCAGCGAAGGUUCGGUCAUGCGGCCCGGUGUCGGUCCAUCGACGGAGGGUAUGGCGUCGGGGCAAAGGACGCAGCGUCCGAAGAGGGCGCCGAGGGUGGAGGGGGGGAAGAAGAACAACCCAUGGACCUUGGAGGAGCAGAUAGCGUUGGCGAGGAUAAGCGUGGAAGAAAAUGCCCUCAUGGCCGACGCCAACGGCGUGCAUAAGCAAAAGACGCGUGCUAAAAGAUACGAAUGGAUUGCAAAUCGAUUGAAGGAUGAGGGGUACAACAGGACAGCGGAGGACUGCAGGAAGAAGUGGACGAAACUAAAGGAGAUCGUUAGCCAUAUCGGGGAUAAGUGCUACAUGUUUGGGGAGGCAGGGUACUUCAACAUGACCACAGAGCAGCGAAUGGACAAGGACGUCUGCACAACGUUCGAGGAGCCUCUUUGGGAUGCGAUGGAGUGGUGGCGAUUGAAGAAGGCGUACACGUGCGACACCACUCUCGCUUAAGAGGACCUGGCAGGUGGCCAAUCGGGGGAAGCUGGCAGAGAGAGCAGAUCCAAGCAAGCUGGCGGAGGAAGCGGAUCGGGCCGCAGCGGUGGCGGUAGUGAUGGGGAUGAAGGUGGAGGGGGCAACUUAUCGGGGCAGGGCCAGGGUGGGACCGGACCGGGGCUUGGUGGUGGAGGGAGCCGAUCGGGCGAGAUCGGUGGAGGGACCGGAACCGAGGAAGGAAGUGUAGGAGGCGGUUCGACGAGGGGUAGGGGUGUCGCAUCCGAUGGCGGUGGCACGGACGCUU